AUGGGUUACUUAUAUAUGUAUUAUAAAUAUAUAUCUUACAUAAAUAUUCAUUCGGGUUCAUUUUCUAUAUUACUAAUAUUUAUUAUUAAAUGUAAUUUAUUGGACGCUUGGAUAAUUUUUAAAAUGAAUUUUAUUAUUGCUUUAUUAUCUUCAUUACUUGUUGUCCACGGGAUUCCGGCGAACAAAAGAGAUGACAUUCCACAUGACUCUAGAAUAUUUAUCCGAGAAGUAGAAGACAGAUCUGGUGACUCAGAAAAACUGCACAGAAAUCCGACAGACCUUCCAGUAGUUUCUACUCCAACAACUGUUACUAUUACAACGGAGCAGGAGAAUCUCGUGAUGCCGAAAACCGUUAAAGCCUUCGAAGCUAAUGACAUGGAAAAGUCUGUUGUUCAUCCUACAGACCAAGAUGAUAAUGACAACCGCACUGACAACACUAAUAAUUACCGCAAAGUGCCUGUUGAAGAUGAGACCUUUGGAGGCGAUUUCGAGCAGCAUUCCGAUCCGAAAAUUUCUAGGGAAAAAUUAAACACCAGGCCAGAGAAAGAUAAUUCACCUCUGAAGAAUAUUAAAGGCACGACGGACUUACCGGUUGAAGAAAAAGUUACUUCAAACAUUGUUAGUUCGACUUACGCUGAGACAAAUCAAGUAAGCGUCGGUGUAUUUAAUUCAACAAAAGCUCCAAUAAAUUUCCUGGUUGGCUCUAAUGAACCACUGACUCUUGAAAGUCGGCAAGAAAUAGUCGAAAGAAGUGAAAAUUUAAUAGCGCGCAUUAAGAAUGGAGAAAUACCUGACAGAAGCAUGCCUUCAGGUUUAAUUGCACUUGUCAGCGCAGUUGGAGUUGCAACAAUCACUGUGAUGGCAUAUAUAUCGACAUGGGAAUCGAGAGCUUCUUGUCAAUGACUUCGAUGGAAAUGACAUCAGUAAUUUUGAGCUAUGA